AUGGCAGCUGAUACAAAGAGCGGUUUAAUGUUGAAACAAAUUGUAUGCCUAAUAUUCAGUGCCAACGCAAGCAACCCGGUUACCCACACCCGCCUCCGCCAGCGGCUUACCCUGGAGGCUACCCUGGGUAUCCACAACCACCACAGCAAGGCUACCCCGGAUAUCCCGCGUACAGAUGAUUUAGCUGAGGAUGGGCUGUAA